AUGAGUGGCCAGGACAACCAGGAGCAGACUGUUGUAGGAGGCAGGAGGGUCAGUGGUUAUCAGAUGAAGCAACUUGCUGCUGGCAACUCCAGUAACAAAGGAGAGAGGAAGUUUGUGUGUCUGGAGUGUGGAAAAGAAUUCACCUCAAGGGAAGGCCUCAGAUAUCACACCCUUACACACACUGCUGUGAAGAACUAUGAAUGUAAGGAAUGUGGGAAAAAAUUCAGCUUGAAGAGUGUCCUUGAUACACACACCCUUACACACACUGGUGUAAAGAACUAUGAAUGUAAAGAAUGUGGGAAAAAAUUCAUUCAGAAGUGUAACCUUGAUACACACACCCUUACACACACUGGUGUGAAGAACUAUGAAUGUAAGGAAUGUGGAAAAAGAUUCAUACAGAAGGGUAACCUUGAUACACACACCCAUACACACACUGGUGUGAAGAACUAUGAAUGUAAAGAAUGUGGGAAAAAAUUCAUCCAGAAGAGUCACCUUGAUACACACACCCUUACACACACUGGUGUAAAGAAUUAUGAGUGUAAUGAAUGUGGGAAAAAAUUCAUCUUGAAGGGUACCCUUGAUACACACACCCUUACACACACUGGUGUAAAGAAUUAUGAGUGUAACGAAUGUGGGAAAAAAUUCAUCAAGAAGAGGGACCUUGAUACACACAAACUCACACACACUGGUGUGAAGAACUAUGAAUGUAAGGAAUGUGGGAAAAAAAUUAGCCGGAAGAGUCGCCUUGAUGCACACACCCUUACACACACUGGUGUGAAGAACUAUGAAUGUAAGGAAUGUGGGAAAAAAUUCACCCUGAAGGUUUCCCUUAAUGCACACACCCUUACACACACUAGUGUAAAGAACUAUGAAUGUAAGGAAUGUGGGAAAAAAUUCACCCUGAAGAGUUACCUACAUAGACACACCCUUAUACACACUGGUGUAAAAAAUCAUGAGUGUGAAGAGUGCGGGAAGAAAUUCAGCGCGAAGUCGGACCUUAACAAACAUGUCUUCAGGCACUAUGGCCUUAGAGAGUUCAAGUGUGAUGUUUGUGGAAAGCUCUUUAAGGCAAAGGUUGACAUUGCCCAGCACAUGAAGAUCCACUUCUGAAGUGUGUCUGCCUACAGUAGUUGUAGUGAUCAGGGUGUUGGCAGCAGCUGAGCCUGAUAGGGAAAGGGAAGUGAAGGAGAGGUAAAGGUGAUCUUGUGAGAGUAUGAACUUAAGUGUAGAGACCUUCACCCUCGUUUGUAUGCCUCCAUGACUUGGUUAAGAAACAUGUCUUGAAGAAAAUCCAGAAAUUGAAAGGCAUGGACAAGCUCUCAGGAAUAGUGCUUCAUCAUGGUCUCAUCAGAGCACAAAAGACACCACAUGUUAGGAACAUGGGCAUGUGGUCAAAGAAAAUGGAAAAAGGUGACAUCACAAAAAAAAUUCAUGUAUCGAGCAAGGGAUUCUCCAGGAAACUUGAUGAUACAGAUGAUACGAAAACCCCAAGGAAUUCCAGGGGCCGCAGCUCAAGCAGGUUAAACUGUUCCAAGAAAUUCUUUGAUUGCUGGUACAUAAUCUAUUAUGAAUGAGUGCUGAGUCAAAGGCUGCUCCAAAAUCAGCAACGACGAAAGAGACUUCCAACCAAGACCAGCUGACUGACUCCCUGCAGGGCUGGACAGCAGCAUGAGUGGCCAGGACAAGCAGGAGCAGACUGCUGCAGGAGGCAGGAGGGUCAGUGGUCAUCAGAUGAAGCAACUUGCUGCUGGCAACUCCAGCAACAAAGGAGAGAGGAAGUUUGUGUGUCUGGAGUGUGGAAAAGAAUUCACCUCAAGGGAAGGCCUCAGAUAUCACACCCUUACACACACUGGUGUGAAGAACUAUGAAUGUAAGGAAUGUGGGAGAAAAUUCAGCCGGAAUAGUCACCUUGAUAGACACACCCUUACACACACUGGUGUGAAGAACUAUGAAUGUAAGGAAUGUGGGAAAAAACUUAGCCGGAAGAGUCACCUUGAUAGACACACCCUUACACACACUGGUGUGAAGAACUAUGAAUGUAAGGAAUGUGGGAAAAAACUUAGCCGGAAGAGUCACCUUGAUACACACACCCUUACACACACUGGUGUGAAGAACUAUGAAUGUAAGGAAUGUGGGAAAAAAUUCAGCCUGAAGAGUCACCUUGAUACACACACCCUUACACACACUGGUGUGAAGAACUAUGAAUGUAAGGAAUGUGGGAAAAAAUUCAUCCAGAAGGGUCACCUUGAUAAACACACCCUUACACACACUGGUGUAAAGAACU